GGGUUCUGGAGCAGCACCGGCGCGGGGCUCCAUUACCUGGGAAACCCACCCCGGGGAGGGACAGCUGUGUCCCGGGAAGGGCAUGGUGUUGGCCUGUGUGCUCAGACCCCAGUGGGGCCUUGGAAAGGCUUGGGGAAGACGAGAUCGAAGCAGGCUCGAAACAGAUCCUACUGCUUUCAAAACUGUGCAGACGGGAAUUGAGAGGAUCUGACCAUGAGCUACCCAGGCUACCCCCCGCCCCCUGGCGGCUACCCCCCAGCUGCACCAGGUGGCGGCGCCUGGGGAGGUGCUGCCUACCCGCCGCCCGGCGGGCCCCCCAUCGGGCUGGAUAACGUGACCAACUACGCAGGGCAGUUCAACCAGGACUACCUCUCAGGAAUGGCGCCCAGCAUGUCGGGGACGUUUGGAGGAGCCAGCCUGUACCCUGGAGCGCCCGGGGGAGGUUACCCUCCUGUGCCCCCUGGCGGCUUUGGGCAGCCCCCUCCUUCCCAGCAGCCUGUUCCUCCGUAUGGAAUGUACCCACCCCCUGGAGGGAACCCGCCUUCUGGGGUGCCCUCCUAUCCACCCUACCCAGGGGCACCCAUGCCACCUCCUGGGCAGCCGCCAAUGACCUACCCUGGGCAGCCACCAAUGCCACCCCCGGGGCAGCAGCCAAUGCCGACCCCAGGGCAGCAGCCGAUGCCAAGCUACCCAGGAUACUCAGGGUCUGGGGCCAUCACGCCCGCUGUGCCCCCAUCCCAGUUUGGAAACCGAGGCACCAUCACAGACGCUUCCGGCUUUGACCCCUUGCGAGAUGCUGAGGUCCUGCGGAAGGCCAUGAAGGGCUUUGGCACCAACGAGCAGGCCAUCAUCGACUGCCUGGGGAGUCGCUCCAACAAGCAGCGGCAGCAGAUCAGCCUGUCCUUCAAGACGGCCUAUGGCAAGGAUUUGAUCAAAGACCUGAAAUCUGAGCUGUCGGGGAACUUUGAGAAGGCCAUCUUGGCUCUGAUGAAGACCCCAAUGCAGUUUGACGCCUAUGAGAUAAAGGAGGCCAUCAAGGGGGCCGGCACGGAUGAAGCCUGUCUGAUCGAGAUCCUGGCUUCUCGCAGCAACGCACACAUCCGGGAGCUGAGCCGCGUCUACAAAACAGAAUUCAAGAAGACCCUGGAGGAGGCCAUUCGCAGCGACACAUCCGGGCACUUCCAGCGGCUCCUUGUCUCCCUCUCUCAGGGAAACCGAGAUGAAAGCACAAAUGUGGACAUGACCCUCGUCCAGAGAGAUGUCCAGGAGCUGUAUGCGGCCGGGGAGAAUCGCCUGGGAACAGAUGAGUCCAAGUUCAACUCCAUCCUGUGCUCCCGCAGCCGGGCCCACCUGGUGGCAGUUUUCAACGAGUAUCAGAGGAUGACGGGCCGGGACAUCGAGAAGAGCAUCUGCCGGGAGAUGUCGGGGGACCUGGAGCAUGGCAUGCUGGCCGUGGUGAAAUGUCUCAAGAACACCCCGGCCUUCUUCGCUGAGAGGCUCAAUAAGGCCAUGCGGGGAGCAGGAACCAAGGACCGGACAGUGAUUCGCAUCAUGGUGUCCCGAAGCGAGGUUGACCUCCUGGACAUCAGAGCGGAGUACAAGCGGAUGUAUGGCAAAUCGCUGUACCAUGACAUCACGGGAGACACUUCUGGGGACUACCGGAAGAUCCUGCUCAAGAUCUGUGGUGGCAAUGACUGAGCCGUGGUUGGUAGCUCGCUUCUGCCCCCUGCUGGCAACACAGUGCCAGGAUGAGGCCAAAUGAUUGUUUCUCACAAAUGCACCAGUAGCCCCGAGGUGCACUUCUGUCCCUAGAGCCGUGGCCCUGUCCUGCUCUGCCCCUCCUGGUCUGGACACUCUGCUGCAGGGCCUGUUGUGGCUAGAGCUCCCUCAGGGAGCCUUCUCCUCCCACUCCCGGCAGCCUCUGGCUGUUAGAGUAAUGUUUUAUUUCCUGACUUGUGCAAUCAUUCCUUGUUGCUUGUGGCUAAGACUCAGCAUCAUUUUAGUUGUAUAAUUUUGUAUUAUUCCUUGGAUGUUAUUGCCCAGCAGAUACAUAUUAGUCUGUGUACCAAUACACGUUUCUGGUGAGAACCGUGAACGUCUCCGAGGGCCUGCAAGGGUAAUGUGUGCAUCUGGUGAGAAUGUGUCAUGAGCUUUGUUUUUGCCAAACCCACUCCUUCUUAGGGGGGGUAAAAAAAAAAAAAAAGAGAGGCCAGACAGUCAUUUCUUCCAUCUCCCAUGCAAAACCACAAGGCAAAAGCCCGUUCCUGACCAGUAACAGGGCUCUUUGUACUUUGGAAUGUGCCUUAAACCUGUAUGUCUGUAGCCAAAAAACUUUUUCAAAUUAAAGUUGGCCAGCUCUGGAAUGUUCUGGAAAUCUGU